AUAGAAGAUAAAUCUGUUAUCUGUCAAAAGGGAUUUUUAGAUUUGUCUGAGAAAUUCAUAAACAUUCCCCUGAUAUUUCAGAUAUAUGUUCAUAGCCACUUUUAUAGUUUCCUUCUUUAUUUUCAGACAAGUCAAAGCCAAUGUUCCAAGCAUACCAGUAAUAUGGAAAGUUGUAGACGGUCCUCUAUCCGGUAUCAACGAUAUAGACAGAGAUGAGCUCCUCUACAACCUGCAAUUUAUGCAAAAUGUAAAAACGAGCAGACAACGAAAAUUCGAGGUCUUUAACAAAAUUAAAGGGAACCGUAGACUCGACGACAUGGACUUUAAGGAUAUCGAAAAACUCGGCGUUUUUGUACAGGGCGUUCCGUCUUACGUCCUGAGAAAGGAACUGGACUGCAAUAAGGUGGAAAUAGUGUCCUUUCUAGGCAAGAUGGGCUUGAGGAGAAAGUUGUUAGAUGCUGUACGACAUAGCGGUAAGACCGACAGUCUACGGUAUUCCCCAGGGUUGGAACAAGAGCGUUGUCAGAACCUUGGGCACCCUCUUGUGCAUGACGCCCAUAAAAGAUCUACUAGGAAUGGACCCUCUGGCUUUCACCGGUGUUAA